UAUGCUGAAUGGGUUCGAUUGGUUGGUGAAGAAGAUUUUUUGUUUUUAAAUGUAGAAAUUCUGCAUAGGACUAAGUAUGUAUGCAGCUGCCAUUUCAAUGACAACGAUUACAGCUCAAAUAUGAAAAUAUAUCUCAAAUCAUCGGCAGUUCCGUCUAUUUUUCAUACUAAUCACAAAUCAUUAAUCGAUGCAGACAUGACUAAAUUUUUAUCAAAUUGUCAUACCUUCAAGUCGAAAAGCUGUGUUCAGCAACUA